ACGAAAUCAAGCGAGAAGCUGCGCUUCGAGAGACUUUUUGGACUUGAUGCAAAGGACAGUAGACCCUCUAGAUCUCCAGGAGAAGGAAAUCCUAGCGACUCUAUUAGUAGCUCUACUAGGAAGGCGGACUUCCUUGGCGAUUUGAUGCUAAGCGAGCAGACAAGAACGGAUUCAUCGUCGGCAUCUUUCUUCGCGGCUACUUCACUCGCUGCUUCUUCCUCACCAGCAGCUCCUGGUAAAAGCGCGUUUUAUAUACGGUCAUUAAAAUCGACCCCAUCUUCACCCUCGUCCUCGUCUACUGCUUCGUCAAUAGCUGAAAUCAUAACUAGUAGUAGUACAUCUGCAAGCAAGAAAUCUUCAACCACGCCCUCGACAGUGGGUGUCGGUAAAGCAAUCUGGAGAAAUGCCAUGCGAAAUUGCAGAGACGCUCGAGUUUGGGAACGCCUCAUUGAUGACGCAAAGCGGCACCUCUUGUACGUACUAUGUUGUAUCAGAUGAGUCAAAUCUUCUGCAGCUGUUCUUAAGCAAAGCGAUUAUACUAGUCAGUUGUGAAGAUGAUCAAGAUUCUACUUUUACUUAUUCAGUGAGUUGUUUGUAGAUGGAUUUGUACUAUUUCUAGAAACGAUUGCUGGACGUUGUAGGUACUCGUAGGAGCAAUUACAAAAGCAUGCUGUUCCUGCUGUAAUAUGUGCAAGAACUGUAUGUUAUUUACUGGUUUUUCUACUUUCAUUCGUAAUUUCUCGGAGGUGGAGAAAUUCUUGCCAUCUACUACGGACUAGGCAGAGUGCGGUAUCGAGACCCAAAAUUUCUGAAGGAGCUACAUUUCCAGGCAAUCCGGCAAAUUGACUUUAUGCCAAACAACUUUAUGUAAGUACCUCCACGUCGUGAACGUGAGCAACAGGCACUCUCACUCGUCCUUCUCAUUCAUUUUGCAAUCAUUUUUAUUUAGAAUUUGAUCUUCAUUUUCCUGGUACGUAUUUCACGACUAUUGCUCUGGUGUUUUAGAGAAAAUAUAUAUCUUCUUGAAGUAGAUAUCUAAGUUAUAAUCAUUUCCUAGUUUCCUUUGUCGUAGCCCCGCAGUUCUUCUUAAGCUUAUCUGGUUGUAUAAGAAUUCUUUUUCUACUCUUUUCAUUUCAUCGUUCGCCCCUAGAGGGCUUGCGCUUGUGCUGAAUAGCUUCCGGAAACUUGAGCUCUCUCGAGACGUCGACACCUUUCAGCUGUUUCUGCACCAGUACCUUGUGUUGCACGAACGAUGGAGCGCCUGGGACGUCGCUCUCGUUUGCAAUGCUGUCGCUUAUUUCCACUUGUAUGAGCCAAGACUGUGGAAAUUGAUAGGGGGAAAAGCAAACAGCAGAAAGAGUCAUGUUCCAUGGACGACGAGUGGUCAACAAAUCAUAAACGGAAAUGCGAACAACUACAACAGGCUAAAGCCUUCGUCUUCUGCUGAGGGCACUCAUCUUCAACAGCAUGGACUUAUUCUGCACGAAAUGCGGCCUCAGGGUUUAGCAUUAGUUACUGCUGCCAUGGCACGUAUGGACUUGCACGAUGCAGCCUUGUUGGCAUCAAUCGCCCGAGCAGCGAUACGCCAAGCUGAGGACUUCACGGCCAGCCAGCUUUCCAUACUCUACGCUGCAAUGUGCCGAUUGGAUUUCGAUCGUCCGCGUCUCUACAUCGCAUUGGAAAAUGCAGCUAUUCGCAAUCGCUUUCUGGGAGAGCAUUAUCAUGCUGAUUGCAUGGACCACGAUUCGGCAGGAGCGGCUGGUCCUUCUAAAGAGAACAAUGGAGAAGAGAAACGUGGUUCUAAGAUGAAUUAUAGUCUAGUACGAGAAAGAGAACGGGAAGAUGAGCAACAAGAAGUAAGACCACGCCCCGGCAAUAUGACGACUUCAGAGGAAGAAAUUAAUUUUCUACGGCAGAAGGCUGCUGGUCGGAAAAUUAGAAACGUCUCUUGGUGUACAGACGUUCUGGGAGCUGAGGAAGUUGUUAAAGCGAAGAUAUCUACUGGAAUUGAAAAUAAUGAUAUCCUGCCUGGACGACAAGCAGGUAUGACUGCAAAAAAUACCAAGAUCAUGAAUACAUCAAGAUACAAAGAAAAAGACGCCAUGGAUGGUUGGGAUCCUGUCCUAUUUUCUGAACUUGUGACAAAUCUUGAAAAGUCCUGGCAGGAGACGCGGCGGAGCGAUAGCGCGGCUUCAAGUUCAACGAAGCAAUCGUAUCAUGUUGAGGAGGAUCCGGAUGACCCUGCUGUGCUAUUGGGCUUAGAACAACGCGUCACAAAAAGUCCUGGGUCUUCUUGCCUGUCCAGGUCCACCUCAGGAAGGACGCCGGGCGACAGCACCACCAUGACCCCAUCACAACGAACUGAUGGUGGUGUCACCCAUAUUAAUGUGGAAGUACACGCAUCCACCUCCACGUCCACGUCCUCCGGCGUUGCAAAUUGUUCAGGGAAUACUGCAGGGGAGCCAUUUGACUUACUCGCGCUGUCAAUGCUCACUCAGGCUUGUGUGUGCUUCACAAAGUGCGCAUCGCGGCGUCCUGGUUUCGUCCGCGCUCUCUUGCAUCUGAUCAAUGAUAAAGCUGCGAUGCUACGUAGCUACCAUAUGCGCAAGCUACUGACGGUGGCCUUAUUUCUGCAGUAUGAAAAUAAGCAGCUAAAGCGGGCGUUCAAGCCUGAAAUUGACAUGCUGAAACAAUUUUCAGAGAAGCAGAAGGAAGAAUGUAGUAAAGCUUCUCCUCUAACGGGGGGAAAAAUACAAAGAAGAACAGGUAUCAGAUCCUCGCCGGGUUCACAAGAAGGGCCUAAAAAUUCCUCAUCAAAUUUCACGGGGUUGGGAGAGCAGCGUAGUGAAGACUUUUACCUUGGCGAAAUGGAUGGUGAAGAUGGGUCUGAGGAAAUGGGUCGUGAGCACCUGAAUCUAGAACCAGAGGGACAUCAUCAGCGUGAAAAUGUGAACGGAACACACGGAAAUCAUGCUGCUAAUUCGAAAGGAGAAGGAGUGGAUGGAGGUCUCACUUACAGCACUAGCCGAUGGAAGCGUGAGGUGUUCGAAAUUUUAGAGAAAGAGAUGCUGGUGAAACUCGAGCCCAAAGCGCUGGUUCACGCUGACGUUGAAGAUGCGGUUUUGCUGCCAGAGCGCAAGACAGUGGCGCAUUGUCUCGGCGUUUACAGUCACUACGCGAACACAACAGAACGCACGGCACAGAGCAAAUUGCACACUUAUCUACUCGAGUUACAGGGAUUCACAGUCUUGCACAUUCCCUACUAUGAGUGGGCGGAGCUCCGAUCUACAGAAGACAAAGUCCUAUAUCUCGUGUCCAAAGGCAGGCAACUUGCCAAGCGAGCAGUAACGCCAAAGUAG